AUGCUUGUAGGUUACUUCAUUCUGCUCCUCCUCACUGACAAUGUGACAGAACAUGAGGGGAACUGCAGCUAUCAAGCCGUUUUAGACUAUCUCAACUUGACAAAGAACAAAGAACUGUUCACCAUGAGUCGGCCUGUCAAACACUUUAGAAAUGAUACGAAGGUAUACUUUGAAAUGCUGAUUUCCUCCAUACUGGAUGUGGUGAGUUUCUAUUUUUGGACCGACACGUAUUGGCUCAAUGACUACAUUUCCUGGGAUCGAAAUGAUUUUUGUGGACUUGAAAUACUCAACAUUCCCACUGAGUCUUUGUGGAAGCCAGAUUUAAUUAUUAACGAGAUAGUUGAGAAGGACAAGAACCCUGAGAGUCCUUAUCUUCAAAUAGAUCAUGAAGGCUAUGUGGACUAUUGGAAUGACCAGAUGGUGGUCAGCUCCUGUAAGAUGCAUGUUUACAGAUUUCCCUUUGACAUUCAGAAGUGCAACCUCUCCUUCAGAUCUCUCAUUCAUCGUGAUAAAGCUUUAUCUUUAAAUUUCAUUGACAAUGACGAUAGAUGGAUCACCCAUUUGUCUCGGCGCUUGAUGCACACACAGUCUGAGUGGCUGUUCUUGAAGUUGACAUCUGCCAAGACAACUGAGAACAUCUACAUCGGUCACAACCAAACCAUCCUUUUUUACACUAUUCAUGUGAAGAGGAGGUCAGUCCUCUACAUCGCUAACUUCUUGGUGCCUGUCCUCUUCUUCUUCUGUCUGGACUUGAGCUCUUUCCUGAUAUCAGACAGUGGGGGAGAGAAGCUCAGCUUCAAGGUCACUGUGAUGCUCGCUGUCACAGUCAUGCAACUCAUUCUCAAUGAGAUUCUGCCUUCCUCAUCGGACAGGAUCCCCCUGAUUGCGCUCUUCUGCAUUGGGAUGUUUGGAUUGAUGAUGUUGAGUCUCCUGGAGACAAUCUUUGUGAUGUAUUUAAUGGAGAAAGAUGCUGCAUCCCAAAACAAUGAGACAAACAGUGACUUAAGCCUGAACAGGAGCAAACAAAAAGUGAAGAAAUGUGGAAACUGUGCAUCUAUCAGUGAUGUUUCUACUAAUCAAACACCAAACACCAAAGAGGACAGCAGCAGCCAGCUGAUGGAGGUGUCCUUCACUUUGGAAAAAGUCUCAGAGGAGCUGCAGCAGAUUGAAAACACAAUGACAGCAAUGGAGGGUGAAAAAGAAGAGAAGAUACCUGGUUACUGGACCGCUGUGGCAAAGCAAAUCAACAAGGUCUUCAUAGUUUUUUAUGUGAUAAGUGCCAUCGUGUCAUCGGCCGUUACAUAUGACCGAGCUACGCUUCUAGAACUGCGUUUUCCGUUUAAUCAUCCUGUUAACGGGAAAUUCCACAACCCUCCGCCACCACUGCUGUCAUCAAUUCCUGCCUUCCUCAGUCGCCCUGCCUGUCGGCGUCCAGGCAGUAAGCGCCGCAGAAGACGUGGUCGGAGAGGAGGGCUACAUGUCAAGCUUCGAUCCUACCUGAAACUGCCUUGGACUAGUGAGCUGAUUGGACCUGCCUGCGCCGUCCCCAGUAGAGCUCGGGAAUGUUACCGCUGGCUUCUUCCUGUUGGCCCGGACUCCGCCAUCUCUACCCCAAAUUGGUGUUGGUGGGAGAAAUCCUCGCCGCGGCCGUGUCCUGGAAAACCUCCGCCCGAUUACUCGUAUGACAGCGCUGCCUGCCGCCUCGUCCUCGCUCCGCAUGGGUUUUGCAACGCCAGAUCGAUCAACAAGAAAACGUUUGUCUUCAAUGAUAUCAUCUCCUCCCGCAAUCUGGAUUUCUUCUUCCUCGUGGAAACGUGGCUGCCACCAGGUGAUGUCAGUCUGUUCUCGGAGCUCCUCCCCUCCGGCUACCUGUUCCUAAACUCCCCGAGACAAACGGGAAGGGCUGGAGGGGAUAGCCACCGUAUACAAGCAGUCCUUGAACUGCCGCCAACUGUCCACCAGGGGGUACUCCAGCUUUGA